GAUAAAGAUCUUCCUUGAUAUAUGUCCUGGGUCACUACCGAAUCAAUUCCUUAGCCUUCUCUUUAUGAUCUCGUUUCGUUCAUUGGGUUGGACCGCUUGUAAUUGUGAGUCAUGGAGGUGGACUCCCAUCGAUCAUCUCCAUCUUACUACACCAUCCUUGGUGUAGAUCAGAAUUCCUCCGCUUCCGAGAUACGCAAUGCUUACAGGAAGCUCGCGAUGCAAUGGCAUCCAGACAAAUGGACGAAAACUCCGUCGCUCUUAGAGAAAGCCAAGAGUAAAUUCCAGCAAAUCCAGGAGGCUUAUUCGGUGUUAUCGGAUCAGGGGAAGAGAACACUGUAUGAUGUCGGUCUGUAUGACCCGGACGAUGAAACGAAUGACGAGGGCUUCGCAGAUUUCAUGCAGGAGAUGAUAUCUCUCAUGAACGAUGUGAAGAAACAGAUUUUGGAUUUGUGGGUGCUACAAUUUCUAGAACCCACUCGCGCGCCGAAGAUAUUUUCUCUUUGGAGGAUUAGAAUCCAAAUGGCUAUUCGUAUGCGCGUGUACUCUCUCUCUCUCUCUCUCUAAAAUAUCUUGUCAGAGUCUCGAAGUUUCAUGAAAAGCCACCAUCUCCUGUAAGUGUUUGGCAGAUGUGAGAUGUGUGUGUCUCCCCGGCUCAUGUUAGAGAUAGAAAGCAGGAUUGGAGGACUAACGUAUUCUUUGGGUGCAUAUAUCAUAAAUGGGUGGAUGCAGGAGAAGAAAUACAGCUUGGAGGAACUACAGGAGAUGUUAGUGGAAAUGUCACAAGGGCUGGAGUUGAAGAUGGAGAGUGC